AAACUCUUUCGAUAAAUUAAUUUUUCAGGGCGCAAAUACCACCAGAUCUAUUUGAGAUCAGUCGAUUUCGGCCGGUUUAAUAUUAAUUAACUUUAUCCUGAAUCCUUCAGAAGGCCGCGCGAUGAAAAAGAUUUCGGGCUGCUAUUUGUCUGCGCGAGGCCCAGGGUGCCCUUUUGAUCAUUUCAGUCUCUCCUCGGUGUGCUCCUUCUGAUUGGUCGAGGGAGUAAGAAGGGGAACAUCUUUAAUUAAGUAGAUAAUCUCUUGUUGGGAUGAGAGUGGGUCAAUUUCAGAGCCCCCCUCGAGUGAGUCCCGCAUGAGAACCUUGGCAUAUACAGCUAGUGGAGUUGUGUAUGUAUGUAGGGUUGGUAGCCUCUCGCUAUAUCCCCUAUUCUCCUUUAGAGAGCUGCUGAAUGUGCAUGCCAUCUCUAUCCUCUCUCGUCUCUUCUGGCAGGAUGUUCAUGCAUUUGGAGGUCUUUUACUGUAUCUUAAUGUUGAUGUCUCACAUGACAACGUCUUGCUGCAGCUGGUCAGUGAAUAAUUUCCUUAUGACUGGACCUAAGGUGUACCUGAUUUACUCCAGCAGUGUAGCAGCCGGGGCUCAGAGCGGCAUCGAGGAGUGUAAGUAUCAGUUUGCCUGGGACCGAUGGAACUGCCCUGAGAGAGCCCUGCAGCUGUCCACACACAGAAGCCUCCGCAGCGCGAACAGGGAGACAGCGUUUGUCCAUGCCAUCAGUUCAGCAGGGGUCAUGUACACUCUGAUGAGGAACUGCAGUCUGGGGGACUUUGACAACUGUGGCUGUGAUGACACCAGGAACGGACAGCGGGGGGGUACAGGCUGGCAGUGGGGCGGCUGCAGUGACAACGUGGAGUUCGGUGAGGCCAUCUCCAAGCAGUUUGUUGACACGCUGGAGACAGGCCAGGACGCACGGGCCGCCAUGAACCUCCACAACAACGAGGCUGGACGCAAGGCAGUGAAAGGGACUAUGCAGAAGACGUGUAAGUGCCAUGGCGUCUCUGGGUCCUGCACCACACAGACCUGCUGGUUACAGCUCCCAGAUUUCAGGGAGGUGGGAAACUAUCUGAAGGAGAAGUACCACCGAGCACUGAAGGUGGACCUGCUCCGGGGGGCUGGGAACAGUGCAGCCAGUCGAGGGGCCAUUUCCGAGACCUUCAGCUCCAUCUCUCGUAAAGAACUGGUCCACCUAGAGGACUCCCCAGACUACUGCCUGGAGAACCGUACCCUGGAACUGCCCGGCACAGAGGGCAGAGAGUGCCUGAAGAAGGGCAAGAGCCUAAAUAAGUGGGAGAAGCGUAGCUGCAAGAGGCUGUGCGGGGAGUGUGGUUUAGCAGUGGAGGAGAGGAAGGCGGAGUUGGUGUCCAGUUGCAAUUGCAAGUUCCACUGGUGCUGCGCGGUAAAGUGCGAGCAGUGCCGCAAGACAGUGACCAAGUACUUCUGCGUGAAGAAUGGGGGGCAGAGGGGGAAGAACGAGAGCGCCGGCAGCCGUAGGAAGAACCUGAGGCUGAGGAAGAAGCACUGAGCGGCAUCCAUCUUCCUCACCAUCAUCAUCAUCACUGCCACACUCCAUGUCUUCUCACAAGCUGAUUUUCACAGACCUCUGUGCACUGAAGCUGUGCCCCUCUCAAACAUUUCUACAACACGCUUUCUGCUUUUGUUCUAAAGACAUAAUUGAAAAUGUAUUUAUUGAAUAAGACUAGUAUUGUUAUUAUCCUAAUCAAACGUUUAAUAGUGGGGGAGAAAAUGUGUAAAAAAAAACAUGUUGAUGAAACUACAUGAUAGAGAAAGGAGGGUAACUAUUACUUGUCUAGAACUGAUGGUAUACAUAUAUUUAACAGUAUAUAUUUUUACAACUUUUUUCCCCAAUUAUAUAUAAGUCAUUGGGCAUUUAAAGCAUGUUACAUACGGCCGCUCUGAAUAAUCUCCUUCAUAUUUGAUAGCUUGAACAACUCUUCCUAAAUGGUCAGUCCAUGGCAUACCUCAACAACAUCUUAUUUAUUGUCAUAUGUACCACCAAUGAGCUAUGCCAUUUCUGAUUGGUCAGUUUAUCAGACAUUCCUUCCUGUCAUGAUGACAACUCCAGCCCAAGCUCUCGCUACGCGUGGCAGUGCCGCCAGCCCUGACCAGCCCUCUCCAACCCUGACCAGCCCUCCCCUCCCCAGCCCAGCCCUCUCCUGCCCUGCCCUCCUCUCCCUUCCCUUCCCAGCCUUGCCUUAAGGAUGUAUUUAAUUGUAAAUAAAAUUAAGCACUUUGUUCUGUAUAUUGUUAAUUUAUUGCGCAUGUUUUUCCCAAGUUGUUGCUUUAUUGUUGAUAUUUUCUUUAAAACUUUUGUAAUUAAAAAAGUAUAAUCUUAAACCCCCUAUUAUAUUAAUUAAUUGAGCAUGCCCAUCACCCAUUUCACACCCAUUCAUUUCAGAAGUGUUGAAUUAAUUUCAGAAGUGUUUAAAUAAAAUGCAUGAUUAUUUCUAAUAUUCCCCCUGUGUGACAUAUAAAUCACCAAUGUUCAGCAGUGGUAGGCUACAACACAACCUGUGUCUUGUUACAUUGUUCACUUGGGGAUCUGAUAACCCUCUGGGACAAAUAAACAACAA